AUGAAGAUCGGAAAGCCAAAGUCGAAGCGCCAGCCCGUGCGCCUGCGACACAAGAUCGAGAAGGCUUCUGUGCAAAAGCAGAAGAAGGCAAAGAAGCUAGCGAAGAAGAACCCAGAAUGGCGCUCGAAAACGAAGAAGGACCCCGGUAUCCCAAACCUGUUCCCAUACAAGGAUAAGAUUCUCGCAGAGGUCGAAGAGCAGCGCAGACAAAAAGUAGAAGAUGUUGCACGUCGCCGCCAGUUGGCCAAGGAGCAGAGGGCGAACGGAGGAGCGUCUGCAGAUGCUGCAGAUGCUAUGGAGGACAAUGAUGAGGAGUUCGAGGAGUUCGACGCCGAGGGUGACGAGCUUCUAGCCGAGGAUAGCGACGACAUGGAAGUGGACGCAAACCCUAUGGCUGCUUUGCUUGCAUCUGCAAAGGCUCGCGCUGCUGAAUUUGAAUCCAAGAACGGAAACGACGAAGACGCUAUGGACGACGACUCGGAAGAGGAGGACGUUCGCAAGGACUCAUCAAGGAAGCAGUUCGACAAAAUUUACAAGCAAGUGGUCGACUCCGCGGACGUCGUCCUCUACGUGUUGGAUGCCCGAGACCCCAUCGGCACACGCUCGAAGGACGUCGAGCAACUGAUCAUGUCGGCGGACGGUGGAAGCAAACGUUUGAUCUUCAUUCUGAACAAGAUCGAUUUGGUACCGCCUCCAGUUCUUCGUCAGUGGCUCAUUAACCUACGACGAUCGUUCCCCACACUGCCUCUGCGCGCCUCGAAGCCUGCGCCAAAUGCGAAGACUUUCGAACACAAGGACCUUACCAUGAAGGGCACCUCCGAGACGCUGUUCAAGGCCCUCAAGACAUUUGCCGAGUCUCGCCAACUUAAGCGCUCUGUCAAGGUUGGAAUUAUUGGAUAUCCCAACGUUGGUAAAUCUUCGGUCAUCAACGCGUUGGCUCAAAGAAUGGGCGGACGAGUCGGUGCUUGCCCCACUGGUGCAGAAGCUGGUGUUACCACGAGCUUGAGAGAGGUCAAGCUAGACAAUAAGCUGAAGCUGCUUGACUCUCCUGGAAUUGUUUUCCCCAAUGACAACGAAGGCACAAAAGAGAACAAGAUACAGCAGCAAGCUCGACGCAUCUUGCUGAACGCUGUUCCACCCAAAGAAAUCUCAGACCCUGUACCAGCCGUGACUCUUCUGCUCAAGAGGCUUUCGGGAUCAGAGGAGCUGUUUGGGAAGCUUAUGGAGGUGUACGAUCUGCCUGCGCUUAACGGUGCAGGUAAGGAGAAGACCACAGACUUUCUGAUCCAAGUUGCCCGGAAGAGGGGAAGGCUUGGUAGGGGCGGUGUUCCAAACCUUCACAGCGCGGCACAGACUGUGAUCAACGACUGGAGAGAUGGACGCAUCCAGGGCUGGACAGAUCCGUCCAAGUACAAGCCUGCUGAGCCAACAACAACCAACAAGACAGCGCCUGCUCUGAAGACAGCUGGUCUUGUUGGAGAUCAGAAGGAAAUUGUCAAGGAAUGGGCCGCUGAGUUUAAGCUGGAUGGUCUCUGGGGCGACGAGCCACAGGCCGAUGAUACUAUGGAGGAGUGA